UACCGCGGCAGUUCCCGAGUGCCACAUGUUUGCUGUAUUUUUAAUUUGGUUCAUUUCAAAUUAACGCUUAUUUUCUAGCUUUAUCUUUAAAUAUCUUUUGAUCGGUUUUUUUUUAAACCAAAUUGUCUUGAGAUUCAGAUAGCUUCGCACCUUGAUGAUGGAAACCAUUAUGCUAACAGAACUGUGUCCUAAUGGCAACUAUCACCAGCAUAAAAUAUUUCAGUUUAUUACUAUAUAUAUAUGUGUGUAUAUAUAUGAUAUAUAAUACACAAUUUGUAUUUUGUUAUUUAACAAAAAAUAGAUAUGAUCAAUUAAAAAAUCCUUACUCUUCCACAAAUUCCACUAGCUUAGCAAUUACAACUACUAAAAUUAAUAAUACUUACGUAUUACAGUCAUGUAUUACAUUUUAAACAUGAAAUACAUUUUUUUUUAUAUUCAAAGCAAGUGCACAAAAUGAUGAUUUAUAUUAAUAAAGAAACUAGGAUGCUAAAAACUGCAAAUCUUAUGUUUCAUAAACUAUUGCAAAUAUAUUUAACUUUGUAGACCCGCAUGAAUAAUUACCGCAUUCCAAAACGAACAGACCGAUUGCCCUUACAAAAGUUUUACAUUCAAUGGCAAUAAGUUAGGAUUGUCUCACAUAUUGUAGAUGUGGUGGUAACACAUAUGGUGUGUUUCUGACAUCAGGCAUUACGGUAGUAUAAGAAUAAGUUCACUCAGUUUUUUUUCGUACCUAAGUUGAUAGCCUUGAGAGGCUAUUUCAGCGGAACCUUGACUGGUGGGUGAGUUCACGGGGCUCAAACCUGAUGACGUUGCUAACUCGAGCCCUAGCAAGAGCCGUGCUUCGCAGAAUCUACCACCGGAUCGGACGCGACCCACUGAGAAGAUCCGGCGAAAAACUCAGUGGGCUGUGUCUGAGGGUUAAUUUACUCGUCGAGCCCUUCGUCGCAAGCGACGGGUUCGACGGGAACGAUGACCGGUGCUUAAGGUACCUAGAAGUGCCGUUACUGGAUCGGGAGGAUCCGAAAUGACGUGUUUGGGGUGACGUCAAUUGCUUUCCAUUCUGUCCGCAGGAUCGGGAAUGUAGUUACCGGCGGCCACGAUGAGAGGGUUCUCGUGUCGUGCCGCUUUAUCGAAGUGGCGCAUCGACGCCGACUGCAGAUACUUACUGAUGGACUAAGUCCAGGUCGUCAUGGAGGUCGACGUUCCUGAUAAACCAUGGAGCUCCGACGGCUAUCUUGCAAAAACGGGAUUGAAUUACUUGGAAAUCUUGGAAUGAUUUUAAGUUAGUGCGGGCCACGUGAGCGAACACUACACAGUUCACUCAGACCUCGAAUAGCAUAUAUGUAUAUCAAUAAAAGAUGAUUAUGAUAUGCAUUAUUAAGCUGUGAUGUUUAUAAACGCUAAAACCCUAAAACAAAGAUUGAGUUUGAGCUCGUUUUUCCAUCUUUCCAAAAAAUCUGACUGUAUGAGUGUGUAUGAUCCUUAAGUUUGACAAGUCAUUCGUCAAGUCAGGUGAUUUUUUAUCUUAAUGUUGGUAGUUAAUUUAGAUUGAAAAAGCCGCGUAAAGUUUUCGUGUUUUUUAUGGAUAUAUUGUAUUGAAAUUUAUUUCCUAGAAAUUGAAUAUACUUUUGUUACUACGAGAACAGCUUCUAAUUAAGUCAAUAAUUUUCUCUUAAAAUGCACUACGUUCAGAAGUAUUUAGAAAAACUACCAAUCUCCAAAUCAAACAUGAAAACUAACGAAGGCAAAAAAUGUAGUAUUUUUCUUUAUUGUAAUUAUUACAGUUUUUACUCUCAAAAGGUUUUAAUGGCUUUAUACGAAAAGAAUAUAGAUUUUGAACCCUUAAUUGUUGACAUAACAAAAGGAGAACAAUAUUCUUCUUGGUUUCUUGAAAUAAAUCCUCGUGGAGAAAUACCAGUUUUGAAAGUGAAAGAUGCGUUAAUUCCAGACUCUACUAGGAUUUUGGACUAUCUGGAAUUUUAUUUAGACUCUGAUUUGGUUCCACUCAUAAAUGUUUCUAAGGAUACAAAAGUGGUAACUACCAUAAACAAAUUUCGAGAAUUGAUUGACGCUUUGCCUGCUGGAGUUAUAACAGUUGGUUCAUUUUUUCAUCCACAUCUCUGCGGUAGUCCAAAGCUUCCAUUUAUUUUGCCAGUAAGAGAGAUUUUAAAAACUGGUGAUUUGAGUAGCUCACAAAACUUGAGAAAGUUGGCGGAUGAAAAUCCAAAAGCAAAACAUAUCCUGUUGUACAAAGCUGAGAUUCAAGAUCGAAAACACGAACUUCUGAGUAAUGAAGAGGAAUAUUUAAAAAUUCUAAACAUUGUUGACCAAGUUCUGAACCAAAUAGAGGAGCAGUUAAAAUUACAACCUGUCGGUAAUUGGUUAUGCUGCGAAAAUUUCAGUAUUGCAGACAUAAAUUUGGCUGUCCUCUUGCAACGUCUUUGGGAAUUAGGAUUAGAAACACGUUUUUGGAGUAACGGAAAGAGACCCUUGAUUGAGAGCUAUUUUGAACGAGUACGACAAAGAGAAUCAUUCAAAAAUACUAUUCCAAAUUUGCCACAGCACCUUAAAAUGAUAGUUACGGCUCCACCUCCAGUUUAUGUUGGUGCUGCAGGUGCUGUUUCAUUUGCUGUGGUAUUUACCGUAGCAUACAUUUUUAAAAAAAUUAUUUCGUAAUACUUAUCACUAUUUAGAUUCAUGUUAUGAUUUUUAUUCGCUUUGCUGAUAGCAAUAAAUAUUGAAUAGCUUUGAUUAUUGUCAAAGUUAACUGAAUAUUUUAGUAUUGAAACAAUUCAGUGCUUUAUAUUAUGUAAUCUUUUAUAUCAGUAAGUUAAUAUUUACUCUCAAAUCUAAAAAUCCCAAAGGGUUUAAGAUAUUAUUUAUGGUGGGCAGUGGCUUGACUGUGCCCCUGGCAUUGCUGACGUCCAUGAGCGACAGCAGCCAUUCACCAUCAGGUGGGCUGCAAGCUCGACUGCAAUGAAACUAUCAGUAUUAAUCAGUGGUAAACUUAUAUAAAUUAAGUUGAUUUUAGAAAAUAGUUGAAGAAGAAAUAUAUAAUAAAACAAAAAAUCCA